CCUCUCUUGGGAAGCGGUGGUCACAAAAAACCGCACGUGCAGAUUUUAGACUUGAUUCUCCUAACUGUUUUCUAGAAGGAGAUGUCACUUUCUUCCAAUCUGCCAGUGAAUUUACUCGAUACACUGGCCAAAUAAAUCAAGGAUUCGACUGGUCGGAUCCAAAUGAGUAUCUCUUUGAGAUUUAUGAUACUGCCGGUAUCUAUGUAAUGACAUUGCAUCCAAAUUUUUCGGUUAACGCGCCACCAGGUGGCUCAUCAUCUUUUCAAGAUGACCUAACUAAUAUUGCACUUGAAGGUGUUGAAAAUUUUCCUAAUGUUCUCGGUUAUUAUUUAAGCAUUUUUCAUCUUCCUGGAAAUGAUUUAUUGUGUAGUGCACAAAUCAAUCCAGCUCCAUAA